AUGAAGGGCAUUGCUCGCUCUUUCGUUUUUUGGCCCAGUAUUAACGCGGACAUCGAACAAGUCGCUAAAUCCUGUACCGCCAAGCACGCACAUUUGCCACCUAAGUGUAAAGAUCAUCACUGGGAAUAUCCAAAAGGACCAUGGGAAAGGAUACAUAUAGAUUACGCAGGACCAGUCGCAGGUGCCAUGCUCCUAAUUGUCGUUGACGCUUAUAGCAAGUGGGUGGAGGUGAGAGUAACCCACACAACUACAACAACCGCAACAAUUGCAAUGCUGGACAACAUCUUCGCAUCAUAUGGAGUUCCCACUACAAUAGUAUCAGACAAUGGAACUCAGUUUACGGCCGAGGAAUUUAAGACUUUCUUACAGUCAAGCGGAGUUAAGUAUCACAAACGCAUAGCACUGUACCAUCCGGCAACGAAUGGUCAAACCGAACGUUAUGUCCAGACGGUCAAGAAUGCACUAGCUACUAUGGGCACAACACCUGGAUCAUUACAAUCCAAUCUUAAUCAGUUCCUCCAACAGUAUAGGAAAGCUCCGCAUGUAACAACAGGCCAGUCGCCUGCGCAAUUAUUCCUUGGACGCAACAUACGUACUAGGAUAGAUUUAGUACGACCAGAUAACUUACAUAUGAAUAACACGGAGAAACGGCAAGCCACGCUUAAUCUGUCGUUCCGAGAGUUCCAGUCCAAGCAAACGGUCUAUUUCCUGUCAAGUAACCCUCGUCUGGAUAAAUGGGUUAAAGGUAGGAUUGUCUCACGAUUGGGCGAUCUACAUUACGAAAUAGACUAUGAGGGCAGACGCUUCAAAAGGCAUGUGGAUCACAUUCGCGCCUUUAGUACCACUGUCACCACGAGGACCACCUUCACCACCGAGUCCGUCUACUCCAGAGGAGUAUUAUUAUACACCACCCUCAACUCCGUCUUCGCAAGGGUCUCCACCACAUCAAAUACAAGCACCUCCAAUAUUACGGAGAUCUACAAGACAUCGCCACCCUCCACUUCGUUAUUCACCGAGUUAACUGUCUUAGAACUCAUGUACUCUAAGCACUAA